CCAACACAUGAACCUUUGGGGAAUGAACCACACCACAGCACGACCUUAUGGAUGGAGUGGAACCCUGGCUUUCCCUUGAGUAUCGAUGCCAAGUGUCAUAAGGAUUUGCCCCGUGAUAUCCAAUUUGAUAGUGAGAAAGGAGUGGACUUUGUUCUGAACUACUCCAAAGCAAUGGAGAAUUUGUUCAUCAACCGUUUCAUGCACAUGUUCCAGUCAUCCUGGAAUGACUUUGCUGACUUUGAGAAAAUCUUCGUCAAGAUCAGCAACACUAUUUCUGAGCGGGUCAUGAACCACUGGCAAGAAGACCUCAUGUUUGGCUACCAGUUUCUGAAUGGAUGCAACCCUGUGCUCAUCAGGUGCUGCACAAAGCUGCCUGAGAAGCUCCCAGUGACCACGGAGAUGGUGGAGUGCAGCCUAGAAUGGCAGCUCACCUUGGAACAGGAGGUCCAGCAAGGGAACAUUUUCAUUGUGGACUAUGAGCUGCUGGAUGGAAUUGAUGCCAACAAAACAGACCCCUGCACACAUCAGUUCCUAGCUGCUCCCAUAUGCCUGCUGUAUAAGAACCUGGCCAACAAGGUUGUCCCCAUUGCCAUCCAGCUCAACCAAACCCCAGGAGAGGAGAACCCUAUUUUUCUCCCUUCGGAUGCCAAAUAUGACUGGCUUUUGGCCAAAAUCUGGGUGCGUUCCAGUGACUUCCACGUACACCAGACCAUCACCCACCUUCUGUGCACACACCUGGUAUCUGAGGUUUUUGGUAUCGCCAUGUAUCGCCAGCUGCCUGCUGUGCACCCCAUUUUCAAGCUGUUGGUGGCACAUGUGAGGUUCACCAUCGCCAUCAACACCAAGGCCCGCGAACAGCUCAUCUGCGAGUAUGGCCUCUUUGACAAGGCCAAUGCCACUGGAGGUGGCGGGCACGUGCAGAUGGUGCAGAGGGCCAUGAAAGACCUGACCUAUGCUUCCCUGUGCUUCCCCACGGCCAUCAAGGCCCGGGGCAUGGAGAGCACUGAGGACAUCCCCUACUACUUCUACCGAGAUGAUGGGCUGCUGGUGUGGGAGGCCAUUCAGACGUUCACAUCUGAAGUGGUGGGCAUCUAUGAGAGUGACCAGGUUGUAGAAGAGGACCAGGAGCUUCAGGACUUUGUGAAGGACGUUUACGUAUAUGGCAUGCGGGGCAAGAAGGCCUCAGGCUUCCCCAAGUCAAUCAAGAGCCGGGAGAAGUUGUCCGAGUACCUGACUGUGGUGAUCUUUACGGCCUCGGCCCAGCACGCAGCCGUGAACUUCGGCCAGUACGACUGGUGUUCCUGGAUCCCCAAUGCUCCCCCAACCAUGCGUGCCCCACCGCCCAAGGCCAAGGGAGUGGUGAACAUAGAGCAGAUCGUGGAUACUCUGCCCGACCGUGGCCGCUCAUGCUGGCAUCUGGGUGCAGUGUGGGCUCUGAGCCAGUUUCAGGACAAUGAGCUGUUCCUAGGCAUGUACCCAGAAGAGCACUUCAUUGAGAAGCCUGUGAAGGAGGCCAUGGCCCGAUUUCGCAAGAACCUGGAUGCCAUUGUCAGCGUGAUUGCUGAGCGCAACAAGAACAAAAAGCUGCCCUAUUACUACUUGUCUCCAGACCGAAUACCAAACAGUGUGGCCAUCUGAACCCUGCCUGUGGCAGUCUCACCCGAGGAAGGCCAGCCAGACUCCAGCUUGUGUGGCAGGCUCUGGGGCUGACCUCCUGGCAGCUCACCUCUCUUCCACCAAGCCUAGCAAGUGUGUUGGGGUUUCCUGAUGGGCCGGUUACAAACCAAAGUCUCCUCCAGAAUGUGUCAGGUUGUACCAAAGCUUCAGAGCAUUUUCCUGUUUAUCCAUCCAUCUGUAGCGAAUCCCAUAGUUUGAUCAAAGCAUGCAAAUAUUUCAGGGAUCCUCCUAUAUAGAGGACUUCAGAGCCUCCUGCCCAGGCUCAGAUGAGUCCUUCCACACUAAAGCAACAGAAAAUCAGGAUAACAGAUGCCAGUUCUUUUUGGAGAUGGGGAAUUUCUGUGCUACUUAUCCUUAGUUUAAUUUCUUGCAUGUAGUAGGUGCCCAAAUAACUUCUUGUUGAAUGAAUUAAGAAUUGGUUGCCAU